AGAAACAAAAGAAAAAGAAAGAGUGAAGACAAGCAACACAAAAUAGGGCACCCCUUUUUAAGUGGAUUCAACUAACGAUCCCAAUUCCUAACCAACCAGUGCAGAGGAGCGGUGAGCUGUAUUCAGACACCUUACAUUAGGGUGAUAACAGUAAUGGCCUAAUUAUGCUGCCAUUAACUAGUUACUACUAGAUUCUAGAGAGAGAAACUGAGAUUUACAACGCUUCACAAAUUCUUCAGAGUACACCAAGGAUUUCUCUCGCGAACAAAACUUGCUUUUUCUUCAAGUUCAAUUUGUUACUAGCUAUUAACUUCAAUCGUUGAGGUGUAUUAGGGUGAGUAGUGAUCGAUACAAAUCUUUAUCGGCCAAUAGCAUCAAAUCUAAUUGAAUUUGGAGCAGAAUGAAGCUGAUUAUGAUUAAUUAAGUAUGGGGUGUUUUGCAUCAACUCCGAAGGAGGCUGGUGGAAUUAGGAAGCGACCAACCAAUAUCGGCGAAGUCUCAGUCUUUGUUCCUGGGCUCCGGAUUCCCAAACCUGUGGAUUUCUCUCAUUGCCUUGGUGACAGUAUACCAAAAAGUAUUUUGGACCGCUUGUCUGCUCUCAGAACACAAAUUGUUGUUAUGGUCGGCCAUGAAGCCCUAACAGUCACGCGAUCAAGAAGAAAAUCUGCUACACAACAUGGAGGUUCGACUUUGGCUGAUCUUCAGCAAGCUCUUGAAGACUACUUGCCAGUUUUGCUGGGAUUAGUUAAAGAUGGAAGUCCUUUACAGCACAAGAUUCAAUUUUCUUGGGUUAAUCAGGAGGAUGUUGCAGAGGAAACAACAAUGUCUAAUGCUUGGUAUGAGGUAUUGUCUGUUCUACAUUUGAUGGCGAUGCUGUUAUUAUCUCAAGCAAACCUUUUACUUUUGCCCAGAAUAUCUGCUGAUAGCUAUCAGCCAAAGGUUUCAGACGAAUGCAGGCGAACUUCUGUUGAUAUAUUUUUGAAAGCAGCAGGUUACCUUGAUUAUGCUGUCUGCCAUGUUAUUUCACAGCUUUCAGAUGAAAUGAGGAGAAAUUUGCCAGUAGACCUAUCUGAAGGAGUUAUACGGGCUCUUUCUCUACAGGCAUUGGGUCAGAGUGUAGAUAUUCAAUUGGGAAUGGCAAUUGAUAGUGCAAAAGCUACACUUGCUGUUAAGCGAAGGCUUGCUUGUGAAAUGGUUAAAUAUUGGCAACAGGCACAAGAUAAUAUAAUGAAUUUGCCAUUAUCUAAUGGAUGGGGCGAAAAACACCAACUGUUCAUUAAGUGGAAACAUGUUGAAGCCAAGGCUGCUGCUUAUUAUUAUCAUGGACUCAUUUUGGAUGAAGGCAACACAGCGAAAUACCAUGGAAUGGCUAUUGCUGCAUUGCAAGUAGCUGAUGAGUAUCUUAAAGAGAGUAAAAAGGCAUGUGAAGCAUUUAACAUGACCCCUCCUCAGUCAAGAAAUCCACCAUUAUGGGGAACUAUGAAGUAUCUCUCUGAAAAAAUUCCUAAAGACACUGCUAGCAAGGUGCGGAUAAAUCGGGACUUGUAUACGCAUGAGAAAAUCAUGGAGACAGCGCCAACUCUGCCUGAUUUUGCAUUGGCACUUAAACCUGACGAAUAUCAACUACCUCCUGUGCACUCGUGUUGGAGUGGCGAGACUAUGAACUCUGGACAACAAGGCGUCAACUAGCAUCCUGUUACAGUUUGGUCACUUGAUUGCAAGCACCUUUCUCUCAUUAAAGUUCACCUCUUUAAUAUUUGAAGACGAGAAGGCAAUUUCUGGUGACGUGUAACAUCAUUUGCUGUGUAAUUGGAAAACAUUUUUUUUUUUUAUGUUCAUCACUUAGUCUCUCUUUCCAGGUACCAAGCCACCAACAAAAUCAUGUAUAAUUGUAAAAAAUCAAAUUGUUGGGGACUUGUUUCUUUAUAUUGAAAAUAAUGUGUAUUUUUUUCAAAUUAGUGAGUGGUAAUACUGCAAUAAGAUUUUUCAUUUGCUGUC